AUGGACAAUCUAAUCACAGCCAAGACCGUCAGCUCUGGAGGAGGUGUUGGAGGAAGUAGCAAAGAUGGUCUUUCUCUGAGCGCAGGUGGGUCAGGUGAGAGAGCUGCGUCCAGAGGCUCUGGUAGCACGAGCAGCACAGUUCUGAUCACAUCCAGCAGCUCCCACACUGCCAGCUCUGGUGGAUCCGAGGCCAGCAAGGGUACUGGGGGCAUCAGCAUCUCCACUCUAGGAGCCUCCUCUGCUGUAUCCUCAGGUGGAGGGAGUUCAGCAACUGCAGGGGGCUCAGGAGCAGGAGCAGGGGGAGGUGGAGGUGGAGGAAAAAGGGAAGGAGGUUUAGGUGCUGUGACAGUUUCGACAGUGACGAAGACCAGCUAUGCUGCAGGAGGAUCUGGUGAAGUGAAGAGAGGUUCGUCCUCAGGAGUCACCUAUUCGCCUGUUGUAAAGGAUAGAGGAAGCAUGGUCAUCACAGCAGCAGCUCUCGCAGAUGUCUUUGAUGAGAGUUCAAGUACAAACUCCUCUCCAGAGUACCAAAGGAAGGAGUACGGCACUUCAACUUCUGCCACCAGAGGGAGAGCUCAGAGCAGAGAGAGCGAGAUCAGAGCCAGGCUCCAGAGUGCUUCUCCUACAGCUUGUUGGACGGAGCUGGAUGACGUGAAGCGUUUGCUGAGAGGAAAGCGAUCCACCAGCACCAGCCCCUCUCGCUCCCCUAACAACACGCUCCCCAUCCCCAAGAAGGCCAGCGUGGAAACCAGGACCAUGUCUGAGAGCUCCAGCACAGAGCAAUAUGGCAGUAUCUGGUCUGGAGGUGUGAGCAGUGGCUACAGUUACAAUACCAACCCCAACAACCUGUCCGCUACCUCCACACUUUACACCUCAGGAGUGCAGAACAACCUGACACUCAGCUCUCCCUCCAUGAGCAGCGGACUAUCUGCCAGCAGCACUGUUCCUAUGUAUGGUGUUCAGAAUAAUCUGGCAACUACCAGCCCCAUGGUGCUCUCUCCCACUGCAACCAACACACAAAUGGUUUAUGGUGUGCAGAAAAAUGUAGCUGGAACUGCAAUCAGCCCAACCACAGUGAGACCCAGCAGUCCCAUUAAUGACGAGUCCUCAGGCAAAGACUUUAAAUUUGUGCUGAUAGAGAAGGAGAACGCUCCUGUGAAGAAGGAGACGGAGCGGCUCAUCAUGACCAAAGACACGGGGAAACAGUUCAUGUCUGCUGCACCUGCUACUGCAUCUGGUAUCUUUUCUGGGGACUCACUACAGAGAGAGAAACAGAAGCUAUCAUCCAGCACGAUGGACGAAGGAACAGAUGCUAAAUCUGCGACCUUAAAAGUUGCCACAAAAGACAAAGCCACCUAUGCAGAGAUCCGUAAAGACGAGUCCGGCUUCAGCUUCUGCUCCUGCUGCAGCUGGUGGAAGUGGCUGCUCGGCCUCCUGCUCAGCCUGCUCCUCCUCCUCGGACUCCUCUUUGGACUCAUCGCUCUUGGUGAAGAAGUGAAACGUCUUAAAAACCGUGUUGAUGCUCUGGAAGCCAUCACCGGCACUGCGUCCGCCCGUUCCAGCCGCUUGUCCUCCUCUGGCAUCAACAUCAUCGACCCUCUGGACUCGUCAUACAUCGAGAGGAGUUCUUCUGGGUCUACACUGACCCGCUCUGACAAUACCAUUAACCUGGGGGCUACUGGGGCAGGGGGAGGCGCAGCAGGCGGAUCAGGACAGGACAGUGCUGCCCUGCAGAGAGCUGUUCAGCAGCUGGUCAGGGCUGAACUCCGCUCGGAUGCUUUAAGAGAUACACUUGCAUACUCACUAAAAGGGGAGAAAGGAGAUCCAGGACCUAAAGGUGAUGCAGGGUUUCUUGGACCAAAAGGUGAAAGCGGCUUUCCUGGCCUGCCAGGCCCUCCUGGGCAGAUGGGUCACCCAGGAAUGGAAGGACCAAGAGGACCAAAGGGAAGCACAGGGGAAACAGGUUCUGAGGGCCCACCGGGCCAGAGGGGCCGGGAUGGAGCAAUGGGCCCCCGUGGAGAGACUGGACCACCAGGUUUUGGAGAGAAAGGAGACAAAGGAUCUCAAGGUGAGGCAGGACGUCCUGGUCCUGCUGGUGCUACUGGACCUGUGGGGCCGAAAGGUGUCAUGGGAGAGCAGGGUAUAUCAGGAAGGCCUGGUGUUCCCGGCAUUAAGGGUUUCCAGGGUGAAGCAGGAGCUCCAGGACCAAAAGGUGAUCGAGGAACACCAGGGCAGCCAGGAACCAAAGGAGAUCAGGGAGAGAGGGGACCACGUGGACCAGCCGGUGAACCAGGUCAACCUGGACCACCUGGCCCUGCUGGACCAAUGGGAUCUAAAGGAAUUUCAGGUGAAACAGGUCCGAUGGGACUUCCUGGUGUGAGAGGAUCCCCUGGAGUUCCUGGAGAUGCUGGUCCCCCAGGUGAACCAGGAUCACCUGGUAAAAUUAUCGCGCCAGCUGGCUCCAAUACAGUGGCCUUACCUGGACCACCAGGGCCUUCUGGGCCUCCAGGUCCUGCUGGAAACCCUGGUUUGUCUGGUCCCAUUGGCCCCGCUGGAGUCCCAGGACAACCUGGAGAAAAGGGAGACCAAGGAGAGAAAGGAGAAAAGGGAGACCAAGGAAAACCUGGAGAGCCUGCGAGUGUUACGGAUUCAGAAACUGUCACUGCCACCCAAACCAAUAAACUUUCAUCAGUGGCUGGAUUGCCUGGCCCACCAGGCCCUCCAGGACCUCCCGGAGCACCUGGUCCUCAAGGUCCUUCUGGCGAGUAUAAACAGGGUCCUCCAGGCCGCAAAGGACCUGCAGGAGAGCCAGGUAUAGGUUUACCUGGAAGUCCAGGGGAAAAAGGAGAACCUGGCAGCUUUGUGCCCACCUCAGAUACCUUCUUUGCUGGACCACCAGGACCACCAGGACCUCCAGGCCCGAAAGGUUCAGGAGGUGACCGAGGACCACAAGGGUACCAAGGUCAACCAGGUCAACCAGGUCUUCCAGGGAGUCCAGGGGAACCAGGUGCUGGUUUUCCAGGUCAGCCUGGACCUAGAGGGCCUGAGGGUCCACCAGGCCCAGAGGGGCCGGAGGGGCCAGAGGGGGCACAAGGACCUAAAGGCGAUGCAGGAGUCCCUGGUGCCCCAGGAACUGCUGAAUUUUUGUUUUCAGGCGGCUCAUUCGCUCCUGGAGGCCAAGGCCCACCUGGACCACCGGGACCACCUGGUCCACCUGGAAGAGAUGGAACUGGAUCUGGAUCAUCUGAUGUGGGCCCGUAUAUUGCAGAAUACCUUCAGAGUAGUGGCAUCAGGCAGUACCUGGCUGGACCUCCUGGGCCUCCUGGUCCUCCAGGGGCCCCAGGGUCUUCUGGGGGCGCAGGGCCUGCUGGGGAUGGGCUCGUGGAUGAUGUGGCCAACCGUGUUAUUGCCUACAUGCAGAGGACUCCUGGUGCCCCUGGUGCCCCUGGUCCUCCAGGCCCACCAGGCUCCAUCUCUGUCAAUGAUAUCAUCAACCUAUUACAACGAGAGGACGUAAGGAGAUAUGUUGCUGGUACUCCUGGUCCACCAGGACCUCCUGGAGCUCCAGGCGGCCAAGGCAGUUACAUCAACACCCAGGAGGUGGCUAACCGUGUCCUUUCCCUCAUGAAUGAGAGAGGGAUGGUCGGUAUCCCUGGACCCCCGGGUGUUCCUGGUAUACAAGGUCCACCUGGACCAGUAGGUCCACCUGGACCAGCAGGAUUUGCGAACUAUUACAGUUCAGACAUAAGUGACUACCUGCAAAGUGUCGCCUUCAGAGGCCCUCCUGGCCCCUCUGAUCGAAUCCAGGGACUGGUUUCCAAUGCUGAGCAUGCCAACAGAGAGGAAUUGAAAACAGAAACACAACCAUACAUCAGGAGUGACAUUUUAAGAGAAUCUAUGUUUGGACGUCCUGGUGCACCAGGCCCCCCUGGACCCCCUGGACACAAGGGAGAGCCAGGUUUAUCCGGCGACUACUCCAGUAUGGCUGUCAAAGUAACUGAUUACAUUAAAUCUCACGGUCUGCUCCGUGAUGUUGUGAGGGACUCUGAACGUCAUGUUCAAGGACCUCCAGGACCUCCUGGCCCUCCCGGACACAGCCAGUGGGUUAGUUCCCCUGAAAAUGUCGUGGAUGUGGUGGAAUACAUCAAAUCCCGUGGUGUGCUACACGACAUUGUGAAGGAAUACAACAGUUAUGUCUUCCAAGGACCUCCAGGACCACCCGGCCCUGCAGGUCCCCCUGGACACAGCCGGUGGUUUGGUUCCCAUGGAAAUGCCACAGAUCUGUUGGAAUACAUCAAAUCUCAUGCUCUGCUAUGUGAUUUCGAACCAAACCACAAUAAAUGCGCCACCCUCGGAGCAGUGGGACCACCUGACCCCUAGAUACCCCACAGAUACUGCUGAUUGUUUGGUUCGCACACGAAUGCCACUGAUUCAGUGAAAUUCAUAUCAACACAUGGAGCCGUUGUAGGACCACCUGGGAGACCAGGACAGAAAGGGGACGUGGGAUUCCCGGGACCAAAAGGAGAGAGAGGUGAACAAGGCCUUCCUGGGCGAGAAGGACAAAAAGGUGACAGAGGAGAAUUCGCUCUGACGACUAAAAGGAGGAGGAGGAGGGACGUUGGUGUUUAA